CACUGGUGGGUGGCACUGGUGGGCAGCACUGGUGGGUGGGCACAGGUGGGUGGCACUGGUGGGUGGCACUGCUGGGCACAGGUAGGUGGCACUUCUGGGCACAGGUGGGUGCACUGCUGGGCACAGGUGGGUGAUCUGCUGGGCGGAGCUAGUGGGCGCACUGCUGGGCACAGGUGGGCGGAAUUGCGGGUGGCAGUGCUGGGCACCGAUCAUCAGGGCACUGAUCAUCAGUGGCCUGAUGAUCGGUGCCGAUCCCCGCUCUGACAACUGCCGGUUUUCGGCAGUACUUUCCUCACGAUCUGACAGCGUGAGGAAAGUGCAGCCAAGAACCGGCACUUGCAU